AUGGGUGGUAAACGUUAUUUUUGUGACUAUUGUCAAUGCUAUAUAACCAAUGAUGUUAAUGUUCGAAAAACACACAAUGAUGCUGUAUCGCAUAAAAUCAAUAAAAUACGAUAUUUGAGGAAAUUUGAUGAUCCACGUAAAAUUUAUAAAGAGGAAAUUCGUAAAACGCCUUGUUAUCAUUUUUUAAAAGGUCGUUGUCGCUAUGAUUUAUAUUGCCAAUCAUCACAUUAUACACCAAAACAAUUGGAAGAAUUAAAACUAUUGGCCGAUAACUUGGAGAAGAAAGAAAAACCACCAUAUACUGCAACGACAAAUGUAAGUGAAGGCACGUCACAGCAGCUAUUAAUGCAUGUUUUGCCAUGGGCAAAAAAUACUUUGCAAAAUAAGAAAUUCCUAAAAAAGAAAAACUUACCGCCUUCGUUAAAACCAAUUAAACUUAAGAAAUUAUCAACAAUUUUAAAUCAUAGCAUCUCAUGGGGUUAA